UUGGCGCCACCGUCGCGGAGACGAAAAUUUACAUUACUGUAUUAGACACUGGCGUGAAUACUUACAGGGCAACGCUGGGAAACACGGCGGCAAAGGAGGUGAAUUGAGGCACGAUUUACCUAUUGAAAUAGACGAGAAAGGUGUAAAGAAACAUCAUGAGAGAAACGAUCGCUGGCAAAGCCUUUGGCAAGAUGAAGGCUGAGACUCUAAAACCAGUGAAACGUGGGGAUGUGCUGCUUACGUCACAGCCUUUCGUGUAUUUGGUCAGCGGCUCCCUCAAGUCUCUCUACUGUGACUUCUGUAUGGCCAAGAAAAGUGGCAAGGGCCUGCGGCGGUGCUCAGGAUGCCGCCUGGAGCACUACUGUGGGAGGGAGUGUCAGGCAGCAGCAUGGAAGAUUCAUCGUUUGGAGUGCCAGCGUCUCAAGAGAGUGGCGCCCAGGGUGCCUCCUGACACAGCACGCCUCAUGGCUAAGGUUAUCCUAAAACUACAGGUAUUAUUGUAGUCUUUUAUGUGUGUACAUUUUGUACAUUGACUUCUUCAACAGGACUUCAAAUUUUUUUUUCUUAAAUUGCCUUCCACUUUUUAUUUUCCAUUAUUUUUCUAUUACCUAGAAAUUGCUAGAUAUAUUAGUUUUCAAUAUUUCUGACUUUCACAGAUUGUUUCACAAAUAGACAUUCCACACACCUAUAAAAACAGAAAUAAGGGAAGCUGUGAGAAGCCAUCAGGCCUACACAUGACAAUCCCUGUAUGAAACAUACAUCCCUAUUUCCACUCAUGGUAACCAAUUGCAGGUGCUGCGUUGCUGCACUCUUCAUGAACUUAUUAUUCUUUAGUAAAAAAAAAAAAAAAAAAAAAAGCUGUGUGGUCAUCUUGGUGAAUUAUCUGGUGUCAUUGGAUUGAGUAGACUAACCAUCAUUAUGUCAUCACCCAGCAUUGUAAUUGUUUGAUAAGCAUUUGUGAAAAAAAGGCAUUUACACUUUUGUGAGUUCAUAUCCCAUGCAUCAUGUAUCUCUUUCACAUUAUAUAUCACCUGAUGUUUUCCUGUAUCAUUUUAACAGCACAGCUCCAUUGCUCCCAUGGUAAAAAAUUAAGACGUAACUUAUUGAUCUUGUUUAUACACACACACACACACACACACACACACACACACACACACACACACACACACACACACACACACACACACACACACACACACACUAAC